UUACCGACAUUCCUCUUGUUCAUGCACAAACAGUGGAUACUCUAUCAAUAUCACCAGCAUGCGCAACAUGUACAACAUCUUUACUAACUCCAGCUGUUUAUUUUGAAACCACAUGGUCACGUAUGCCAGAGAAAUUACAACGACAAAUAGAAGAAUAUUGGCCACCUAUUACACUUGUACCAUGUUCAUUUUGUCCAUUUGAAUUAUAUUGUUCAGAAACAUGUCGUCAACAAGCAUGGGAUAGUUAUCAUAAGAUUUUAUGCCCAUCAACAAAUCCUGAAACUAUGGAACUUUUUCAGUUUUGUGCUAGUAGACAAAUAAUCGUACGAGGAACGUGGAAUUCAAUUUUUUCACCAAUGAUUUUAGCUAAACUGAUAGCAAUGAUUGUUCUUCAUGUUGUUAAUUCUGUUCAAAAUGGAACUAGUUCAAAGGGUGUCGAUUUGACUUAUGCACAUCAAUUUCAACAAACAAACGAUGGUCCUUUGGAACAAGCUAAAGAAAUCUUUUCUGAAUUUAUAUCAUCAGGUGAUCCAACAUAUGUUCGUACAAUUCCACGUAUGCUCAAAUUAAUGCACAAUAUAUUUAAUCAUCCAUCAAUGCCAAUACAAUAUGAAUUCAAUGAGCUUGAGUUCUCAUAUCGUUUUUAUCAAAUAGCGUGUAAUGCUCAAAGUUUUUCAUCACCGAAUUAUGCAGCAACUCUAUACACACGUUUCUUAUUAAAUGUUCGACAACAUGAUAGAACUGGUUUAUAUGUAACAUUACAACCGUAUUUAAAAGGAGAACCUGCUGAUCAAGUAUUCGGCGGUCUUUUCCCUCUUCAAUCUUCACUAAAUCAUUCAUGUGACAAUUCUUGUGAAAUAAUGGAUUGUCAAGUUACGCCAGAAGUUGCUGGUAUUAAGGUUCGUUGUAAACAUCAACUUAAACCAGGUGAUGAAUUAACCAUAAAUUAUGUUGACCUAGCACUAGGACGUCGUGCUCGUCGUGCUAUGCUUAAACGUGCAUAUAAUUUUUGGUGUGAAUGUCAACGAUGUGCAUUCGAAGGUGAUGAUGCAUAUUCAUGUACAGAGUGUAAACUACUGUCACCUAGUAUUGAUAAUCCAAAUCCAAAUCUAACAAAUGGUAAUAUACCAUAUCGUAAACCAUUUCCAGCAUGUAGUCGAUGUCGUAAUGCCUGGUAUUGUUCACCGAAUUGCCAAAAACAAGCAUGGAAACGAGGACAUAAACUAAUAUGCAAAGAUUGGACAAAAGAAAGAAGUUCAUCAUCUGCUAAUUGA